AUGGCCCUGAACGGCGCGUCCCUGUGCGCCGGCGACCGAGGGGACACGAUGGCCCACCGCCCACCCCGCGACGGCCUCAGCCCGCCGGCUUCGGCGCUGGCGAGGGUCUCCGGAGACAGCGCCCUCGUGGCGACCCACCCGGGGCUUCCUCCUCGGCGGGCAACACGGCCCAGCGUCCGGACCGAGAGCCGUCGGGCGCCUGGCAGCGGCUGGAAGCCGCCGCGCGCCGGGAAGGGAAGGGACCCGGAUGGAGGGCGCCGAAGCUGCGCGGCGAGAUUCUGCCCGUACCCGGACCCCGGCACGGAUCGGGACCUGCUGCGGAGCGCGCGGCGCUGCGAGGGCGACCCCGCGCCUGUGAUCACGGCCCGCGUACCGCCCCGCCCCUCAAUUAGCGUGUGAACAAGGCCUCAAAUCCUUUCUUAGUGCAGUCGCAGUCUCAUUUUUAAGGGGAAUGUAAAAAUGCGCACGAAUCUUGUUAAUAUAGUUUUUAGCACAAGGAAGAUAUUGUUGCUGAAUUCAGAGGGGUUUAAGCCGCAAAAAGGAUUAGUUCCGGAAGGCGGGAGAUUAUUCUCUUAGUCCUAAAAUUGAACUACUGGAAACAUCCUUCCCAAAGGUCAACAAUCCUUGUCUUCGCCCUUUGUGCACGUCAUCCCCCACCAUGACUCCACACCUCCCUCCACAGGUCUUCACUCCCUUUCUUGCAGGCAGAGUAUCCUACUUAUGAGACUUGUAAUUGAGCUCUCUCAACUGCCUGCCUUUCCUCACAUUAUUUAUUCUCUCUACCUUUACUUCUGUUAGUGAAAAGGAAAUGCUUCAAUUUAUUAAUCUGCUCAUCUCUCACCCACCCCCAUGGCCCAGCAAUCCUAUUGUCCUUAACAUUUAACCUCUUCCAACCUCCCUCUGUCAUCUUAAGGAAUAUUUACAAACUUCCAUCUCAACUAUACUAAAAACAAAAGCAAAACCUAAACCUCGAUCGUCUCAAAUUAUCAAAUCAGUUUACAUUUCUUUGUCAAAAGCUCCAAAUGAAUUUUUGCACUUUUAUUUGCCAUUUUAAUAUUUGCACUUAUAUUUGCCAUUUUAAUACUUAAAUCAAAACAUGUCCUCUCAAAAUUACUGAAAUUGGUCUUCCAGCCUCUGUUAAGCUGUUCACCUACUCAGCAUCUUCCUUGGGCUUUCUUGUUUGUCCUUACUUAUUCAACCAUCCCACAAUAUAUGGAGGCCUCUUUGAUAAGCAUAUGGAUGAACUUGAUGUAGUCUUGCCAUGGAGGAGUAUACUAGAUGGAGAGCCUAAUGAAUCAGGUAAUCUGCACUGUUCAUUAGGUGCAGUGAUAAUAAGCACUGGUCGUGAUGGCUUUCCCUAACAUUGCACUAUGGUGUUCUCUUAUUUGGCUGAUUACUCCUUAUUGGCUAAUAGUUUUACUUCCUAACCAUACAUUUCUCAAAGUUUAAAGGAUGGUAUUGGGAGAAAGUUUUUCUAAGAGUCAACUCUUUAUGCAAGCAAAUAGACUAGCUUUUUCCCAGUGCAUCCUUCAAACAGCUAAAUUACCACACACCACACAGACCUGAAUUGUUAGAACUACAUCUUAAGGAAAAUACUGAUAAACCAGGGAGCUUCCAUAAGAGGGUAAUUAAUAUAGUAAGGUCAGAAAACCAGGUCACUGGAAGAAUGAGAGAAUAGUAAUAGCUGCCUUUUAUUGAGUGCUAUGUGCAAGGUAGUGUGCCAAGGGCUUUUAUUAAUGUUUAUUCAGAUGUUCAUUGAGAAUUUAAUUCUAUGCUUGCUACUACCUGUGCUAGGCACUUAGAAUAAAGUUGUGAUAAG